CACCUCUUCUUUUGCUCCAUUUCUUUGCCCAACAGCUUUCAACCUCCCUCUUCGCCACCAUCUCCUCAUUUUAUAUCAAUUGCUGCUUCUCUUGCUUACACCUGGACGCUGCUCUAUCACUCUACUUCCCUUCUUCAAUCUUUAAUAAAUAAUAGUUCUUCUCGCAUCGUUUACCUUAUCACAUACACUUCUCAAAGGAUGGGGGCCGAUUAUUAUGCGAUCCUGGGCGUGUCCAAGGAUGCGGACGACAGCCAGAUCAAAAAAGCCUACCGCAAACUGGCACUCAAGUAUCAUCCAGACAAGAAUACUGCAGAAGAGGCCAAGAAAAAGUUUCACGACAUCUCAGAGGCCUACGAGGUUCUGAGCGACAAGGACAAGCGGGCUAUCUAUGACCAGUAUGGCGAGGAAGGUCUCAAGGGUGGUGCCGGCCCUGGUGGUCCCGAGGGCGGAUUCCCCGGCGGUGCAGGUGGAUUCCCAGGAGGAUUCAGCGGUGGAUUCCCUGGUGGCGGUAGCGGACGCACCUUUACAUUCACAUCCGGAGGACCCGGUGGCGGCAGCGGUGGAUUCAGGCCCACGGAUGCCGAGGACAUCUUCAAGCAGUUUUUUGCAUCCUUUGGUGGUGGCGCUGGUGGCGCCACUGCAGAAAGUAUGGGUGACGACAACGAUAUGGGAGGAUAUGGCGGCGCUAGUAUGAGGGGCAUGCCAAUGGGUGAUAUGGGCGGUAUGGGAGGUCGUGGCCGUCCGCGUCGUCCGCAAGCUGCUCCGGAGCAGCCCCCACCACUAGAGCGACCCUUGGCCGUUUCGCUCGAGGAUCUACAAAAGGGCGUCACCAAACGGUUGAAGGUCACACGAAAGGUGAGCAGCGGCUCUGGCCGAACUCCGGACAAGAUCCUGAGCAUCGAUGUCAAGCCUGGAUGGAAGGCCGGCACGAAGGUCAAGUUCCCUCGCGAGGGCGACGAAUUCCCGAACGGCGGUAUCCAAGAUAUUGUCUUUACAUUGGAAGAGAAACCACACCCUAUAUUUAGGCGAGAAGGAAAUGAUCUGAUGAUGAACUUGGAGCUCACGCUGCUCGAAGCACUGACUGGAUUCUCAAAGGCUGUUAAAACGCUCGAUGGGAAGACACUUCCUGUCUCUGCCAGUAGUUCCAGGAUCAUCAGCCCUGGACAGGAGGAGCGGUUUCCCGGCGAAGGCAUGCCGAUUUCGAAGAAGCCUGGGCAGAAGGGCGAUCUCAUUGUCAAGUAUGUCGUCAAGUUCCCCGCUAGUCUCACCACAGCACAAAGGGACGGUCUGAAGAAACUGCUCUCUUAGGCAACAGC